AUAUCGCGAGAUUAUACGGGACGGCUGCUCUCCACCCUACCCCCAUAUUGCCAGAAACACAAUUUUAAAAGCGUAAAAUGUAUAUAUACUAUUUGUUUUUGACACGCCAGAUAUCAUUUCACCCUGUAACUAUAAACCCGCGGGAGAGUAAACCACACGUGCCACGUACAAUAGCAUGACACUUAAACUCAACUCUACUAGGACACCUCGUCGAAAUAGUUCAUCAUUAAAUUACACUUGAGGAAAAAUCAUAAAAAAAAUACAACUAGGAAGCCCCCCUCCUCUAAUGACGUCAGAUUCAUUCCCACAAUGCCUAGUAACACGCAGGCGCACUGUAAAGGGGAAAAAAAUAUAAGACAGCUAUCUGUGAUCAGAGAUGGCGGGCGCCUCCGACCCCCUGGAAGAGAUGCUGUUUUCAGAGGUGGACGAAAAAGCUGUGAGCGACCUGGUGGGCUCACUGGAGUCACAGCUCGCCGGCCAAAGCAGCCUGGCGGGCAAAACAGACGAAAACGGAGGCGCGGGCUCGGUGGCCCCUGCUAACCAUCACUUGGGAAAAACGCUACCAGCUCCAGUGGGCACAACAACACUAGAACAACAACAACAAGGACGGCGAAAUAAACCCGAGGUCCCCCUGGAGAUCAACUCAAAGGACGCCAGCCCGGACGCCGCUGCCGAGUCCCCUUCUCCGGACUCUACCCGUCAUCCCGGCGAGCCGCCCGCCGCCUCCGCUGCCCGCGCGGGAGCCACUAGCACCAGCGGCUCGCGGUCACAUGGAGCAUCCAUCACAACACCGACGGCGUCCGGCGCGUCAAGUUUGGCGUCCGCGCCGGACAGCAUCAGCGCCGCGUCCGCGCGGGGGUCCAAGAUGAGCCCUGGGUCGUGCGGGUCCUCGCCGGAGGAAUCCGACCCGCCGAGGAAACGCAUAGGCGCGCCGCGGAGGAGCGCGUCAACUCGGGCGAAGAGUUUGAACGGCGCGGCUGUGGCGACCAGGAGGAGCAGCGGCACCGCGGCGGAGGACGCGAGCCCCGCGGAGACCGGAGACCCGGCCACGCCGAACUCCACUCGGCCGGCGACCACGUCCUCCAUCAACGCGUCGACGUUCACCCUCUCCAAGGCUGACCUGCCCGCGGGCCAGUCGGCGAUCGCUCUGGACCGGGGGACUCCCACCAUCGCGCUGCGCAGACUCCCCAGCCACAUCGUGGCCAGCAUAGCCCAGACCGGCAGCGGGACCAGCGUGUCGGCCUUGGCCCAGCAGGGCGCCCGCGCAGGACCCGCCGCCUCCCCGUCGGCUUCGCAGGGGAACCACAGCGCCGACGACUGUCAGGCCAAGACUGCGCCGCCGGGCCAGCUUGGUGGUGUCAACUCCGCAAUAAGCGCCGUCUCCGCUGUUGUCACGACAACCGCCGCCACAACAGCAGCAGCAGCAGCAGCAGCGGCCGCACCGGCCGCACCGCCCGCGGCGGUGACCCGGCCCGCCGCGGGCGUCACGGGUCAGGUCACGUCGGUGGCCACCGCUGUGAGCAUGGUCCGGCCCAGUCUGCCCUCACCGACCCCCGCCGCGCAGGUUCAGCCCCGUCCGGGACUGGCGGCACCUCAGAGGAUCGCGGCCCCGCAGGUGAUCGUCCGACCGCCGCAGCAGCCGACGACCAUUCAGCUGCCCCCCGGGUUCACCAUCCCACCGGGGAUGGUGCUGGUGCGCACGGAGCUGGGCCAGCUGGUGAUGGUUCCUCAGCAGGCUUUGGCUCAGGCUCAGGCUCAGGCUCAAGCUCAAGCUCAGGCUCAGGCUCAGGCUCAGAACAGCAUCUCCCCACGACCUGCCACCCCCACAACAAGAGCCUCCUUCAGAGUAACGACUCCUCAGAAGGUCCCCGCGGCGCCGGCCGUGGCGGUGCCGGCUACGCAGCAGACCCCCGCGGUGGCGGUGGCCCCCCAAGCCCCGGGACCGGAUGCCAAGAUUGAGCCGGAGGAGUUCACCAGCCGGCUGCAGACUGAGCUCAAGUCGUCGCCGCAGCCGUACCUGGUGCCCUUUCUCAAGAAGAGCCUGCCGGCCCUGAGGCUGUCCCUGAUGAACAGUCAGCAGUCCCCGACCCCGUCCCAGCAGCAGGGAGUCAAACCGCCGCCCUGCGGGGCCCCUCCCGCCCUCGCGCCAGCUGUCCGCGCGCGCCACCCCAACAGCGUCAGCAUCACGCCGCCCCCCGGGACGCCGGGACAUGCAGCCGGCGUGGGUAUCAAGGCAGCAGGCGCCGGCGGGGGCCACGUCCGGAUGCCCGUGGUGAUCACGCAGUCCGUCAGAACACAAGGCACAAUGGGGAAGGGAGGCUUCAUCCAAGCGGGCAAAAGUCCCGUGGGCCCCGCUGCCGCUCAGAUCUGUGGGAAUCAGAGGAACAAGCUCAACGACCCCGGAGGAGGUUCUUUCAGAGACGAUGACGACAUCAACGAUGUGGCCUCCAUGGCCGGGGUGAACCUGAACGAGGAGAGCGCCAGAAUACUCGCCACCAACUCGGAGCUGGUGGGAACGCACAUCCGCUCGUGCAAAGACGAGGCCUUCCUCCACCCGGGCCUGCUCCAUCGGCGGAUUCUGGAAACGGCCAGGAAGUUCGGAGUCACUGAGGUCCCAGUGGAGGCCGUGACGUUCAUCUCUCACGCCGCACAAGCUCGCCUUCGAACCGUAGUGGAAAAGGUUUCAACCAUCGCACAGCACCGACUGGACUCCUUCAAGGACGACGAGUGCUACGAGCAGUCGGCGGACGCUCGCUCGCAGCUGCGCUUCUUCGAGCAGCUGGAGCGAAUGGAGAAGCAGAGGAAGGACGAGCAGGAGCGGGAGAUCCUGUUGAAAGCAGCGAAGAGUCGCUCCAGGCAAGAGGACCCAGAGCAAGCUCGACUGAAACAGAAAGCCAAGGAGAUGCAGCAACAGGAACUGGCGCAGAUGAGGCAGCGAGACGCCAACCUCACCGCACUGGCUGCCAUUGGCCCCCGCAAGAAGCGCAAAGUGGAUUCGCCGGGGACGACCCCACCGGGGGCCGAGGUUCCAGGCAGCGCGGCGGGCUCCCCGGCCAGCUCCUCCAGCCCGUCCACCUCAUCGCGGCAGUACGCGCGCAACCGCAUCACCCGCGUCAACCUCAGGGACUUAAUUUUCUACAUGGAGCAAGAGAGAGAGACGGCCCACUCCCUCCUGCUCUACCGCGCCCUGCUCAAGUAGCUUCCGCUCGACCUCAGCCUCCUCUUCCUCCUCCUCUUCCUCAGCCACGUGCCUUCAGAUCAGGUUUAAUGUUUCAGUUCUGUGUGUCCAUAUGUACUGUAGUGACGUUUGAUGUAACUUUUAAUACAAAGAGAUUGAAAGAACGAGAGGGGGAGAAAAAAUACAGACAAAAAUAAAAGCGUUUUAGAUUUGCGAUGUGUGGUUAGAUCGUUGGGUUUAAAGGCCAUAUUGAAUUGUGUUGAAGUUGCAUAUUUCAAAAGUACAAAGUGUUUUUUAGUGACCCGGCAACUCGUUCUGUGUGUCGGGCAUCUAUUUAUUUGACGUCGUUGGCCGUAUAUUCUGGUGAGAAAACUGUGCAGCCGGUUGAAUGAAUGCAGUUAAGCCGAACUCGGUAACAAGCGAGACACGGUUUUACACAUUAGGAUUCCAAUUAACAGCAUCGUGCUAAACGUCCCUGAACGUGUAAAUAGUUCUCAUUGGAUCAUUGCACAGCAUGAAUAUUUUAUAUCUCACGUAAUGUUUCAUUCAAAUAAGUCCCAAUUCAUUCAUUCUAUUCACCUGUAUUUGUCGUACGGUGGAAUUCCUGUGACCUUUCUACAAAGGUCACCAAACUUAAUUAUGGUCGUUCUUGUCAAUGCAUAAUGUGAACAUGGUUCUAGGACCAACGUUAGAUGUUUGUACGUCGCACACUGUCCCGCUCACCUCUUCUCACAGGCUCUGGGGGGUUUGGUUCACAGUGUCAGUGGGGCGGUGAGCGCGCAGAGUGAAACCUCGGCUCAUUCCUGCAUCUUUUCACUCCGGCUGUCCGGUCUGCACAUUAAUGACGUUAAAGAGAAAAUAUUUUAGCCCUUUCCAGAAGAGCUGUCGGGCCCCGCAGCCUCCGUUAUCCCCCUGACCUGCUUUAGUAGUGAUUGAACGAUAAAAAGCACUUACCUGUUUGCAUCCUCCUAAAUGAAAUUUCACAGUUGUAACGUAAUGUUGAACUGUAGAAGGAAGCAGCUGAUUUCAGCCUAGAAUUGAUUUCUUUUCGUUUCUGUCUCUGUAUUUGUAUUCAAGAGACAAAUGGACAAACGCCUGCUCUUUACACGUCGCCUUGAUGUUUUAGUUAUUAUUUUCUCUUUUUUACAAAUCCUAAUUGUGUUAUGUAAGUUUGUCCUUUAAGUACUUGUUUUCUAUUUAACUAAAUAUCUUGGCCUCUAUGCAGCUUUUCUUGUCAUAUUUAAAUGUAUUUAAAUAUUUGUGACAUUUGAAACAACUGUUGUGCAUUGUACAUUUUGACGGCACUUUUUUAAUAUCUAUUUUACCUAACGACUGAAAGCUGUCACUGUAUUAUAGCAAAGAAAUAACUCUUUUAAAUAGUAAACAAUAUUGCCGACUUCCUGUUAAAAUAAAGUUAUUUUUAACAAUUAUUACAUUUUAUUUUAUUUUGGGAUUGGCCUUUGUUCGAUAACACAUUUCAUAAUUUUUAUCUCCAAACACCAUGUUUUAAAAACAAGCACACCAAUACCCAUUGUGGUGAUUUCAAAUAAUUUUGUUAAGGAUUUUUAUGGUUUUAGAGGAGGACAUUUCUACUACUGCAGCUUUUUAGCCAAAAUAGUGGGACAAUAUUACAGAGGAAAGGCAUUUCAAUGUAAGGGUGAUUUGUAAAUAUUGUUUACUAUGUGUUUAUUAGAACCACGUUAUUUUUGGUAAACUCUUGUAUAUAUCUUGAAAAUGUCAUGUUUGUGUGAAGAAAACAAUACUUAUGUAUUUGUACCUCUUUUGUAAAGGAAUAAACACGCUGUUUACUAAACGGA